AUGCUUACAAGAUCAAAAAAACGUACUGCCGAGUUUCAGCUCACCAGAGAGGACUCGGUAUCCCCCGUUGCUGCGACCGCUCAGGAAGCGGAGGGAUCUGGGACGAGGGCUUCGCUGGAGCCGGUGGAGGGAAGAGAAGUCCGACCUCUACCUAGGGCACAGGAGGCUCUGAUCACUGCCCGGGGCUUGAAACGAGGAGCAUCCGUUCAAAUCACGAAGGACACCCCGGAGGAGACUGCAACAGAGGAGCCUGAGACGCCGGUCGUCUCAACACGCGAAGUAGAAGGACGAGAAGUUCGACCUCUUCCUAGGCGAACGAGAAAGACAGACAAUGCGAACGGCAUGAUCACUCUCAACGUCAAUACUCUUCGGACCCUCAGCUCGAGGUUGGAAGCAAACUCGCAGGCGGACAUCUCGGAGUUGUUACUGGAUCUCACCAAGGCAUACAAGAUUGGGCUACGAGCAGUUCGAGCAAGAAAGUCUCCUGAGUCUUCGAACUCAGAGGACGAAGAAGGGAACGCGAUGGCUGGGCCCUCCAAUAGCGUUGAUAACGGUGUGGAGAGUAACAUCCGUGCCCUCUACCCUUCGACGCCACAAAGGUUGACUGGUCCAACAGAGCGGCCAGAGACUCCCGCAGGUCCCUCAAAUAUCCAUGAACCGCCCUCGACAGAUGCGACCGCCACUAGCACUGGCCUUCCUCAAACCCCACAGGCUACUCAGCCGGCUGAGGAGGAACUGACAGAAGCUCAAGCGGCUGCUUUGGAGGAUGAGUUGUGGGGAGGCCCACCUGAGAUUCCUCCUCCUUACAAUGAAGCUGGAGGGGAAGCAAAUGCCGUCCAGCUGCAGGCCGCCGCACCACCGGACCCUCCCCGUCACGGUACGAAUCUCGAAAGGGAUAUUUUCAACUUCAAUGCUCAAGCCGGUAUCACCGAUCACGACCUGUUGCCUGUUGAAUACGACAUCAUCCGACCAAAUUGUACGAUGAGAUUGCUGGAGGUGAUGACUGGACUUUGGCAGCCAAUGGGAACGGGGGUCUUCAAGAUCCAGAAACGUGGAAACACCCGGUAUCUCAUCUUCGAGAAUCUUGAUCAUCGAUGGCUGAUGCGUUACAGAAUGGACCGAUGGUUUGACAUUUGGAACGAGAGCCCACGCGGAUUCACCUUCGUCGGCAAAGACCUUAAUGAGCGGAUCGGUCAGUAUUGGAUCAUACUGGAUAACGCUCAGAACCUGGCGAGGAAGCUCAAACAUGAGCACAUGCUGUUCAAGGCAGGGCGAUGA